UCCUAACGGCCUUUUUCUCUUCACUAUUGGGCCAACGCGAGUCCAGGAAGGAUUAAGAGCCUCUUUCGUACCUCGGUAAAGAAUUUUCCCAGACUAAAUUAACUGUCUUACAACGUUGCCGUUUUCUACCAAUAAUCUGUCACAUUAGUCACAGGCUGUGAUAAUAUGUAUAUCAUAAAUAUUUCAUUAAAUAAUUUUAUUAUUAAAAGACUAAAGCACUUUAUAACUGAAUAAUUUGUGAAAAAAGACGAGUGAUAUUAUAUUUUAAGUGGUUACCAUAUACAUUUAAAAUAUAAUUCACAAUGUCUCGACAAACUUUCACCGGUCCUAUUAUUCAUGUAGAUGAACAUAAUAAAGUGGCUUUUAAGAAUAAAGUUACCAUACUUGUCGAGGAUGGCAAGAUUAUUGAUGUUACGGAAAAUCCAGAUCAGCAGACGUUAGAUGAUUUUCACGCAGACGAAGUUAAUGAUUUAUUACCAAAUCAAAUUCUAAUACCUGGACUUAUCGAUUGUCAUACAAACGCAGCGCAGUUUCCGAAUCUUGGAUUGGGUUAUGAUAAAACUCUGUUAGAUUGGCAAGAAGCCUAUACUUAUCCAUUGGAGAUGCUGUAUAUUAACCGAGAACUUGCAUACAACGUGUUUGAUAAAGCUGUGGAACGAACUAUACUCACUGGUACAACAACAGCUUGUUAUUCUGCGUCUCUGUAUCGCGAGGCAGCUACGAUUCUCGCGCAGAAGUGUGCACAAUAUGGUCAACGGGCUUUCAUCGGAAAAAUAAACAUGAACGCGGUACGGGAGGAUGGAUAUUAUGAAACCACGGAAAAAUCAAUCGCGAAUACUAACGCCUUUAUAAAAUCUGUCGAAAAAAUAGCGAAUCCUCUUGUGCAACCAAUUAUUACACCAAGAUCUGCAUUAACCUGCGACAUGGACUUAUUGCAAAAGCUGGGAAAUAUUGCUAAAGAUAAAAAUUUACUUAUACAGAGUCACAUUUCUCAAGAUAAAAACGAGGUAAAAGCCGUAAAAGCGAAAUUCGGGAAAGCGACAUACACAGAGGUUUACGAAGCCGCUGGUUUUUUGGACAAGAAGACAAUAUUAUCACAUGGGAUCUAUCUUGAAAAUUCUGAAAUUUCCAAGCUCGCAAAUAAAAAGAUACCGAUAGUUCACUGUCCAACUUCGAAUUUUAAUUUGAAAAGCGGUUUUUGCAAGGUGGACAAACUAAUGAAGCAGAAUGUCAAUGUUUGCAUUGGAACAGAUAUUUCAGGUGGAUCAAAUUAUAACAUAUUAGAUGAAAUGAGAAUAGCUUUACAAGUAUCAAAUUCGCUAUAUCUAACGGACCAUUCUGAGAAACCAAUUGAUCACAAAUCUGUGUUCUCUAUGGCAACAUUAGGAGCUGCUAAAGCGCUUCGGAUUGAUGACAAGGUCGGUAAUUUUGUAAAAGGCAAAGAAUUCGAUGCUCUCAUUAUAGAUGUGAUUUCAAACGACAGCUUCUUGGAUUGGUUUAGAGAACACACACUCGAGGAACAUCUCCAAAGAUUUAUAUAUUGCGGCACUUUUAAUAAUAUAGUAGCAGUUUAUAUAAAAGGUAAAAAAGUUAGGUAAAAACGAUUUUAUGAGAUGUUACUUUCGGACUGUUGUUAAAUAUCAUUUUGUAAUGGAAAUGAGUUGUU